UAUUCAUUUCUUUAUGUCCUCAGAUGAAAUGGAAAGAAUAAUACUAGAAUAACUGCAAAUGAAAGAAAAUGCAAGGAGAAAAUCUCACCAUUUGGAGCGUUUUUUUCUUGGAGGGAUUUUCCCGUUACCCAAGGUUAGAGGUGGUUCUCUUUGUCUUCAGCCUCGUAAUGUAUCUGAUAACCGUCUUGGGCAACAGCACUCUGAUUUUCAUCAUUGUCCUAGAUUCACGCCUUCAAACCCCCAUGUAUUUGUUCCUUGGAAAUCUCUCUUUCAUGGAUAUCUGUUACACAUCCGCCUCUAUUCCUACUUUGCUGGUGAACUUGCUGUCAUCACAGAAAACCAUUAUCUUUUCUGGAUGUGCCGUGCAGAUGUAUCUGUCCCUUGCCAUGGGUUCCACAGAGUGUGUGCUGCUGGCUGUGAUGGCCUAUGACCGCUAUGUGGCCAUUUGCAACCCCCUGAGAUACCCCGUCAUCAUGAACAGGCGGGUCUGUGUGCAGAUGUCCGUGGUCUCCUGGGUGACGGGUUGUCUGACCGCCCUGCUGGAAACCGGUUUCGCGCUGCAGAUCCCCCUCUGUGGCAAUCUCAUCGAUCACUUCACGUGUGAAAUUCUGGCGGUGUUGAAGUUGGCUUGCGCAAGGUCGCUGCUCAUGGACACCAUCAUGCUGGUGGUCAGCGUUCUCCUCCUGCCCAUUCCCAUGCUCUUAAUUUGCAUCUCUUACAUCUUCAUUCUUUCCACUAUUCUGAGAAUCAGCUCCGCCGAGGGAAGAAACAAAGCUUUUUCUACCUGUGGUGCCCACCUGACGGUGGUGAUCUUGUAUUUUGGGGCCGCCCUUUCCAUGUACUUAAAGCCUUCUUCAUCGAACUCACAAAAAAUAGACAAAAUCAUCUCAUUGCUUUAUGGUGUGCUCACUCCUAUGCUGAACCCCAUCAUUUAUAGCUUAAGAAACAAAGAAGUCAAAGAUGCUAUGAAAAAACUGCUGGGCAAGGGUGGCGCCUGUGGUUCAGAGGAGUAG